GCUCCUAGCAGGUUUUUUUUGCUUCUCACCUCGCCUGCUUCUUCCGAUAAUCUGCUUUUCAUUAAUGCACACCAUUUUGUUUUUCUUCUAUUUUACAAACAACCGAACAGAGAGAGAGAGAGAGAGAGAGAAAAUAAGUAGCCGUUCUUGGAUUGACGAGACUGGGAACCCACAGAGCGGUUUAAAUAAAGCGACGAGGAAUCUGAGUUUACCGGAGUUUUAGAGCCGGCGCUUGAAGUGCUCUCACUGUAUUCAACCUCUGCAUAUCAGCCGCUUCUGCGAUUUACACUGGGAGGAAAAAUAAUGUCAGCCGAGAAGGAGAGGAUUUUUAGAGCGUUGAAGGAGAUAGUACAGAGACCCGGGAAUGGGGUCUGCGCCGACUGUGGAUUGCCAGAACCUGAAUGGGCUUCGACCACGCUUGGAAUCUUCAUUUGCCUCAACUGUUCGGGGAUCCAUCGGAACAUUCCGGAUGUUAGUGUCGUCAAAUCACUCCUCCUGGACCCUUGGAAUGAUUCCCAAAUUCAGCACAUGGCCAUUCAUGGAAAUGAAGCAGCCAAGAACAAGUAUGAAGCAUUUGUUCCUGCCUAUUAUUACAUCCCAACAUACAAGGACUGCCAGGUGCUGAGAGAACAAUGGAUACGAGCAAAGUAUGAACGCAAAGACUUCAGCGAAGAGAACAAGAAACUGGCUUACGCCACUGAAUCUCGAGCGUCUUUAGUCCCGUGCCAGGUUCAAUCUGGUGUUGGAUUGGAGACCCCUGUCAUUCCACUGGGUCUGCAGGUCCACGGAACGGGCUACAGAGAAGGGUUUCUAUGGAAGCGUGGCAGGGAUAACGGGCAGUUCCUGAACAGGAAAUUUGUCCUGUCGGAGGCUGAUGGUGUCCUGAAGUAUUUCACGAAGAAUGACGCUAAAGAGCCCAAGGCUGUGAUUAGAGUGGACAAAAUCAACGCUACAUUCCAACCGAUCAAAAUUGGAAAUCCUAACGGCCUUCAGCUCACCUACCUGAAGGAUAAUAGCACGCGGAAUAUUUUUGUUUACCACGAAGAGGGAAAGGAGAUCGUAGACUGGUUCAAUGCCAUCCGAGCCAUCCAGUUCCAUUACUUAAAGGUGGCUUUCCCAGGGGCGAGUGACCAUGAGCUGAUGCACAAACUGACCCGAAAUUUCCUAAAGGAAGGUUACAUGGAGAAGACUGGGCCCAAGCAAACUGAAGGCUUCAAGAAGCGAUGGUUCACACUCGAUCAUCGGCGCCUGAUGUACUACAAGGAUCCCCUGGAUGCAUUCGCCAAGGGUGAGGUCUUCAUCGGCAGCAGCGACAAUGGGUACAUGGUCAAAGAGGGACUGCCACCUGGCACACAGGGCAACGGGAGCUGGCAGUUCGGCAUCACCAUAGUAACGCCGGACCGGGACUUCCUGUUCACCUGUGAGACGGAAAGAGAUCGCCGGGACUGGAUAGCGGCCUUCAAUGGAGUGAUGAAUCAGCAAAUGUCACCACAAGAAUACACAGUGGAAGCUUACUUCAAGCACAGACGGUAGACGACGCUGGCCAACCUCUGACUUCCUACCCACCUUUACAGACAGACCACACAAUGCUGCUGGAAGACAUGGCGCCAACCCCUCAAACCAUUACUGAUGGAAGCAGAUGCCAGCUCCCCAGAAUCCUGGCUCCUCCUAUGGGCUGGCAGAUGGGAAUAGCCUGGGGACUGAAGAGGGACAAGCACACUAGGCCUCAUUAAGGGUUUCAUUAACUGACUUACCAGAAGUGACUGCUCCUCUGCCUCUGACGUGGCAAUGCUGUGAUUGGCUCGUGGGGAACACAGUCAACAAGUCAGGUUCUCCAGCUGCCUUUUCCUGGUGGGGAGCUCUUCAGAAGCUGGAAUUGCAUGCUGUGAGGCACAGUUCACUGAGAUCAGAAAACCCUAGCAGAAUUAUAUGCCCCAUUUAAUUAAUUAGGGACCAAAAUAGAAUAGGAAAAGGGGGAAAUGAUCAACAGAAGAAGAGAAGGGCAUUCUUCAGAGGCUGAAUAAUAGGACAAGUGCAGACAGAGUACUCCGACCUAUACACAGAAGAGCAUAAGACCUAGGAGCAGAACUGGGCCACUUGGCCCAUCAAGUUCACUCCAUCAUUCCAUCAUGGCCGAGUUAUUAUCCCUUUUAACCCCAUUCUCCUCCCUUCCUCCUGACACCCUGAUUAAUUAAGACCCUACCAACCUUCAUAUAUCCAAUAACUUGGCUUGCACAGCCGUUUGUGGCUAAGAAUUCCUCGGAUUCACCACCCUCUGUAUUUAACCAAUACUCUAGCUCCCUGGAAGGCUUAGAUUGGACAGUGUAAAGGAGUUUUCCUUUGUACUUAAUCCUCAGCUAACCACCCUGGGAGCAAAAGGUGGGACAGUACAGAAGGAGUUUUCCUCUGCAUCUAAUCAUUGCUCAACUUCCCUGGAAGAGUUUAAUGGGACCUGGUAGAGGGAUUGAUCAAUCCUCAUAUUCUAAAUUGUAUUUAAUUCACUGUGGAACAAGAAGACAGGGUACCCGAAACAUGAAAAUGUUCGAUUCCUCAGUACUGACAUCCCUAAUUUGUUCAGCCCUCAAAACUUCAAUGAAAUUUCUCCUCUCAGUUCAGAGACUCUUGCAGCUACUCAAGAAGAACCAGGGCUUUAGGCCGUUUGAAUACCCACCCCAUCGGUGGUCCCACCACGGUCUGAAGGCCUGUUUCAGAUUCAGUAAGGCAACUGCUGAUCAGCGAUGGUGAAACAUUCCUCAAUGCAUUAAAUAAUUUGACUGGGAAAAUAUAAGGAAAAAAAAAACAUGUAAACCUUUCAAUAAAAUGGUGCAAUUUUCCUGA